GACUCAUCAAUCAGCCCUGGCGCGUCUGGCUGCAAGAGACGAGCAAGAGUGUGACGCGACGAUGACGAGGGGUUCUGACAACCGCGGUGAUGGCGGUGAUGGCCAUGCUUCAGCUGCCCCUGCUGCCCCUGCUACCACUGCUGCUGCCGCUGCGAGAGAAGGGAAGGAAUGGGCGACGAGGAAGGAGUUGCCGGCGCCUUCUGUGUGGCUGCAGCUGCGCACUGUCUUGUGGAAGAAUUGGACCCUGAAGAAGCGCAAACCCAUGUCCUUGGCAGCGGAGCUGGUGCUCCCUCUCUUCCUGUUUAUCUUGCUCGCCCUUGUGCGCACCCGUCGCCCCGCCGAGCUUGUGCCGACUGCAACGUACAAUGCGGCUGCCCUGCCGUCAUCGGGCGUGAUUGCGCUGACUCAAAGCCUCGUGUGCAAUGGCAUCGCCAACUUCGACAUGGCUUCGUCCGGGCAGGACAAAACAACCCUGGAGCGCGUCGUCGAUAUCCUCGACAAGCACGACCUGACGCCAGCCACCUUCCAGCGCGCAGUGACCCGCACCACGCUUGACAUCCAGCAGCUGCAGGACCUUGCAGCGUCGCAGAACUCAACGGCCGCCCUGUUUGUGGAAGAGCUCGCGCGGCAGCUCCAACUCGACACCAUCAACCUCGACUUGGACAGCGCAGCCGCCACGAGAGCAGACGCGCAGCCCAUCACGCAGGCCACGGUGGACGCCAUCUGCACCGCAGCACACAGCCUCGUGCCGCUGUGGGUGGAGGGCGACACGAAUCUCGACCUUGAGGCGCUCGCCGCCAUCCUGGGCCUCAACACCACCACCGCCGCCGCCGCCGCCAUACAAGACGGGUCCCUGUCCGCCCUUACCGCUGCAGCGCUGGCCAGUGAUGCCUUCAUCAACACCACGUUACCCGCUGUGCUGCUUACCCUGAACGAGGUGUACCCGGACUUGUUCCAGUUCACGCCCGCGCAGGUGGCCGAUGUGCAAGCGGCACUGUGGCAGGCGGAGGUGGAGGGCGACACACCCCUGCAGAUCGCAAGUGAGCUCCAGUCGCUCGUGGGGGAAUACACGUCCUUGCCAGAGCCCGUCGUUGCCGCUCUCUUCCUUGUGGACACCUACGAUGAGCCCGCACGCGUGGCAGAGGUGGCCGUUGGCGUCGCAAACCGCACAGGGGCCAUCACCCCCGCCCUGGCCGCCAACCUGACACGCGAGGUGCACCGGCUCGAACGCGAUCUGCAGGCACUCAACAGCGCCGGGCGCGCAUUGCAGGAGAUCAACAAUCUGCCCGGCAUUCAGGACCUGCGACAACGGCUGGAGGAGGAGGGCACGGAGAUUGACGUGCUGAGCGCAUGGCGGGACGUGGCCUGCGCGAGCGGCGCUGAAGGCGCUGUUGGCGGGCGAUUCAGGUUCCGACGCGACGCGGACCGUGAUGAGGGUGACGGUGAUAGCAGUGGUGGCAGUGGUGGUGGCAAUAGCGGUGGUGCAAGUGGUGGUAUUGCAAGCAAUCAUGACAGUGGUGGCCGUGUGAUGGCGGAGGAGGACCACGAGGCUUGGGCGACACAGAACCUUCAUGCUCAACCUCGACACCACACACACCACACUGCGUCACCCUCAUCCCCUCCGCCAUCGCCCGCCCUGUUCCCUGCUCGCCCAUCAUCUGGGCUGCUGGGUGCCGUGCGCGACAUGGUUGUGAAGCCUUGGUCAUCUCUCCUCCCAUCAGCCACAGGGGGUGGUGGUGGUGGUGGUGGUGGUGGUGGUGGUGGUGGUGGUGGUGGUGGACCGAGUGAGCGACACCGCCGCAAUGAGCAGCCGCUGGAUCUCUCGUUUGAUGUCAACUCCAACGUGGUCAAGUUGCUUGACCUCGUGCGCCAGGGAACCAUCUACUACGCGCCAGAUGUGCCCGACGUCCGCGCCGUCAUCAGUGAGGCGAAUGUAACGCUGCAGCAGAUUGAGCUGCUUGGAUCUGCCCUCGACUGCGCGCUCAACAUCACCCGCCCGUACGCAAACAACAUCACGCAAACGCUCACAGACAUCAACAACAGCACACAGACGAGCGUGAGCGAUGACACACUGCGCAACAUCACCCGCACCGUACUGGACCCACAACAGCGGCAACAACAGCAACAGCAACAGCAAGGCAACUUUUCCUUCACCCGUCUCAUCAACCCAAACCUCUGGCGCGGAUUCCCCGAUGAGGAGGCGCUUGUGGCUGCCGCCCAGGGCACUGAAAACGUGUACAACGUGUUUGGUGGUGUUGUGUUUCGCGGCGUUGGCGCAGACGGCGCCCUCCCACACAACCUGACCCUCUCCCUGCGCUUCCACGCGCUCAAGGUGCCGCGCACAGACUCGUUGCAACCGGAGUACACAUGGGACAACGACGGAGACGUCAGCAACCAGCUGUACUACUACUUUGGCUUUGUGUUCCUGCAGGACCUGAUGGAGCGCGCGUAUGUGCAGUACCGCAGCAACCACACCGUGCCCCUGCCCGCCGUGUAUGCGCAGAACUUUCCCGUGCCGGCGUUUCGCGACGACCUGUUUGCGUGGGGCACCGGGCGUACGCUGCCGCUGUUCAUGGUGCUCUCGCGCAUCUACUCCGUGUCGCGCCUCACCAAGAACAUCGUGUACGAGAAGGAGAAGCGCCUCAAGGAGUACAUGAAGAUCAUGGGCAUGAACGACCGCGUGCACUGGCUCGGGUGGUUCCUGACGUACCUCGCCAUCAUGACUGUCAACGUCAUCAUGAAGACAGCGGUGCUCAGCCUGGGCGAUGUGCUUGCCUUCAGCAACCCGUUGCUCAUCUUCAUUUAUCUUGAGCUCAGCGGCAUUGCUGGCAUCCUCCUCUCCUUUGUGUUUUCCACCUUCUUUUCGCGCGCGCGCAUUGCUGCAGCCGUGUCGGGCAUGCUGUACUUUGGCACGUACAUGCCGUACGUGUUUCUCGCCAUUCGCGAGGAGACGCUCGGCGCUGCUCCCAAGUGGGCCGGCAGCCUCCUCUCCACCACCGCUUUUGGCAUUGGCGCCAGCUACAUUGCCCAAUUCGAGGAGGUUGGUGUUGGGCUCCAGUGGUCCAACGCGGACUCUGGCGUCGGCCCCUGCGACCAGUUCAGCUUUGCCAAAGCCAUGUUCAUGCUCAUCCUCGACUGCUUCCUCUACGCGGGCCUCGUCUGGUACAUUGCCUCCAUCGCUCCAAGCUUCGGCAUUCCAAAGCCGUGGCACUUCCCCUUCCACCUCAGCUACUGGUUCCCGAAUCGCGCCAUUGGCAACGGCCGCAAGAGCGCGUGGGGCCGCUCCCGUGCACACGAGUACAACAUCUCUGCUCUCCACACCCGAGAGGAAGACGAACACCGCCAGCACAUGCACGGGGGCGCGCUGCCUGUUCCCGCUGGGAUGGAUGCCGCGAAGUUUGAAUCGCUGUCACAGACGACGCAAGUUGGCAUUUGCGUCGACCACUUGACCAAGGUGUACGCCAGCGAAAGCGGGUCCUGCUUUGGACAGCAGUCGCACCUCGCCGUUGACGACCUCAGCUUUGAUGUUCACAGCAACGGCAUCACUGCACUGCUGGGCCACAACGGCGCUGGCAAGACGACCACCAUCAGCAUCCUCACGGGCCUCUUCCCGCCCACCAGCGGCACUGCAUACGUGCACGGGCGCGAUGUGCGCACACACAUGGAUGUGAUCCGACGCGGGCUUGGCAUCUGUCCGCAGCACAACGUCCUGUUUGAUGACCUCACGGUGCAGGAGCACCUGUUGUUCUGCGGCAGGCUGCGCUGUAUUUCCCGUCACAAACUGCAGCAGAAAAUCAGCCAGUACUUGAGGGACGUUGGUUUGGAGAGCAAGCGCGACUUUCUUGCCUCGAAACUGAGCGGUGGACAGAAACGAAAGCUCUCUGUUGCAAUGGCGUUCCUGUGCGGGAGCGAAGUUGUCAUCCUCGACGAAGCCACGGCAGGCAUGGACCCUCGGGCACGCCGGUCAACGUGGGAUUUGCUGCUGCGGUACAAGAAGACCCGUACCAUUCUUCUAUGCACCCACCACCUUGAUGAGGCGGAUCUGCUGAGCGACCGCAUCUGCAUGCUAGCCAACGGGCGGCUGCAGUGCACGGGCUCUCCACUCUUUCUCAAGCGCGCCUUCAACGCUUCCUAUGUCCUCACGUUUGAAGUCGACCGUUCGCGCGUGAGCGUGGAUUCGCUGCUGGAGUUUGUGACAGCGCAUGUGUCUGGCGCCGAACUGGCCGACGACGUGGGGCAGGAGGUGUCUGUGCGGCUGUCGCGGGAAUCAACAUCGCAGUUUCCGUCACUUUUCAGCGCUCUCGAGGGCACGCGUGAUGAGCUCGGCAUUGUCACGUAUGGUGUUGCUGCAACGACACUGGAGGACGUGUUUCUGCAGGUUGCAUCUGCUGCCGACGACACGCACGUGCUCGCCAGGGACGCCCGUCUGCGCACAGCGACGCCAGCAAACGCGCCAGUGCCAGUGCGAGGUCGCGCGCCGGCGUGUGAGCGGGGAAAUGGCACGUCAUCAUCACCGCCGUCAGCAUUGAUGGUGUCAACUUCUUCGGCGUCGGUCACCAGCGACGAUGCGCAACAGCUGAUCCGAGAGGACGAAACCAAUGCGGCCGCAACUGCACAGAGGCACACUAGCAGCCAUGGCCACAACCGCAGUCUGUGGCAACGCCUGGUGUCGUCAUCACCAUCACCACCAUCAUUAACAUCAUCAUCACCACCAGCGCGAUGGCAGGACGCACCCGUCUCGGCCAACGGCGCUUACACAGGCAACCUUGUUACGGGCGUUGCGCUCGUGCAGCAGCGGUACAAAGCACUGUUUGCAAAGCGGUGGGCCAUUGUCAAGCGGGAUGGACGUGCCUUCCUCUCCCAAAUCGUCCUCCCAGCUCUGUUCGUGGUGCUCGGGAUGCUGGUUGCCACUGCGUUUCCGCCCGUUGGAGAGCAGCCGCCGCUUCAGCUCAACCCAGACAUCUUUCGUCAGCACUGCGCAGAGGACAGCACAGCCGCCACCACCCCAUAUGCACGCGCCUCAAACACCUCUUACGCAGCCAACAUCACUCGGGCCAUUCCACUUGGUGCUGAGGCCGCGUUUCAGUUCCUCAAUUUGGAAAGUGACCCGGACUUUCUGUCCAGUGCACGAAACAUGACGGCGUAUCUUCUCAACACUUACGAUGAGCUGCAGUUCACCAGGCGUGCGGCGGUGACGGUUGAGAAUGCAGUCAACCCUGUUGUUCGUCUUUCCGCUGCGUUCAAUACGCCAGAGCUUGAAACAACGCUCGAAAAUGUCACCUUUGAAACGAUGCGUGGGUGGUUUGACAACAGGCACUACCAUUCGCUGCCAACGGCUGUGCACCUGGCGCACGAUGCGGUCCUGCGUGCCAACACCAACAACGAGUACAGCCUCGUCAUCGAAAGCUACCCGCUCAACUCCACCGCAGACGAGAUGACACAGGAGUAUCUGGAAUCCGGCACCGACCUGACUGUUGCCAUCAACACCAUCCUCGCCCUCUCCUUUGUUCCGGCCUCUUUCGUCGUCUUCCUCAUUUCGGAACGCGUCACAAAGGCGAAACACUUGCAAGUCGUCAGUGGUCUGGAGUUGAAUACAUAUUGGAUUGGAAACUUCGUCUGGGAUCUCACCAAUUACCUCUUCCCAGCCCUCGUUGCUCUCCUCAUCUUCGUCGCCUUUGAUCUGCCGGCGUAUUCGGGCCGGAAUCUCGGGCCGGUCACCGCGCUGCUGCUGCUGUAUGGAUGGAGCAUCACCCCCAUCAUGUACAACCUGUCCUUCCUCUUCAAGAUUCCGUCCACAGGGUACAUUGUGCUUAUCUGCGCCAACUUGUUCGUUGGUGUCACGGCGACACUCACAACGUUCAUCCUCGACCUCUUCCCUGAAGAUGAGGAUCUGACGGAAAUCAACGGGGUGCUGAAAUGGGUCUUCCUCGUGUUUCCAAACUACUGCCUCGGUCGUGGGUUGAUGGAUUUGGCCGCAAACGAAUACAUUGCGCAGUUUUAUGAGGCUGCUGCUGAUCUGGUUGAGGGCGUUCCUACAUACCAGUCACCAUUCAAGUUUGACAUCAUCGGCAGAAAUUUGUUUUUCAUGGCCAUGCAAGGCGCAUUGUUCUUUGCGCUGAAUCUCUUCCUGGAGCACCGACGCGCGCACCAACAGCGGUCGAAAGACAACGCGGCAGCUCCCAGCACAUCCACAGUUGGCACCAUUGACGAUGAUGUGCAGCGAGAAGCGCUGACUGUCCGCGAGCGGCUGCAGGAAUAUAUUUCCACACGCGCUCUCGUCAUGCUCGACUUGGCAAAGGUGUACAAGGGAAAACGCAAGACCACAAAGGCUGUGAGAGGGCUGACGCUCUCUGUUCCUCGCGGGGAAUGCUUUGGCCUCCUUGGUGUCAACGGUGCAGGCAAAACUACGACGUUCAAGAUGCUGACGGGUGAUGUGUCCGUCUCUGCCGGUGAAGCCUGGAUUGCUGGCAGCUCCAUUCUCUCCAAACUUGAUUCAGUUCGACAACAUCAAGGGUACUGUCCACAGUUUGACGCUCUCAAUGAUCUGCUCACCGGCCGAGAAAUGCUCACGCUCUACUGUCGCUUGAGGGGGAUUCCAGAGCAGCACAUCCCAAGUAUCUGCGCGUGGGCAAUCCACAAGAUGCAGCUGACAAAAUGGGCCGACCGUGUCACAAAGGUGUAUUCUGGCGGGAACAAGCGCAAGUUGAGUGUUGCACUGUCCCUUCUUGGCACGAGCGAAGUUGUCAUGUUGGAUGAGCCGACCGCCGGCAUGGACCCGCGUGCGCGCCGGUUUCUCUGGUCGCAAAUCACCGACGUCGUGCGUGCUGGGCGAAGCGUCAUCCUGACCUCCCACGCCAUGGACGAGUGCCAAGCCCUGUGCCAGCGGCUGGCCAUCAUGGUCAAUGGAGAGUUCAAGUGCAUUGGUACCCCGCAGCACCUCAAGUCAAAGUUUGGCGAUGGAUACACACUCUCCCUCAAGGUGCAAGGCUACCCACCUGACACUCGUCCCGCCCUACAUUUUGUCAAGCAGCAUUUCGAAGGCUCCUCGCUGGAAGAAUGCCACAACGGGCUGAUUCGGUUUCAUAUCCCCAACCGUACAGUGGAAGCAUUGACGCUGGCGCGAUGCUUUGACCUGCUGGAACAGGCUGUGCGUGACGCCGGUGUUGAGGACUACAGCUUCUCCCAAACAACACUUGAGCAGAUCUUCUGCCGCUUUGCGGAGCAGGGCGCUGAGGCAGCCGCAGAGGAAGAGAAUGAAGAUGAUAGUGAUGAAAGUACAGGGGGAGGAAGAGGAACACCGGACGCAAGGGCUGGUGAUUUGGGAGCGGGAACAGCAACCGUGGUCAUGAACAUGGCAUUUGAGGAGAAAGAACAGGAGGAGGAGAGCAAUGCGCUGCAUGCUGGUGGCCUCAUGAGCGCCAAUGAUGGCGAACUCUCGAGUGAUGAUGGUCCUGACGAUGGGCAUGGGCAGGAAGCAACUCGCGAUGACCCGGGCUACCUCGCCAUUCUGCCGUAAAUUCCAGUCGUGUAACUUUCUUUGUUUCUUUGUUUGUCUUCGCUGGUGUAUUGAAGCCGUUUGUCCGUUUACUGUUGGCAUUGGUGCCUUUCUGACUGAGUGCGAUGCUCGCUCCCUCCUUUACCAACAACCAACGUGCGUGUGUGUAACACAAAAAGUAACCAGCUCGUUCGCGCCAUCUUAGGAAACAUCCAACGCACUACACGAGCAAAUGAAGCUCAACAAGAA